CGCAUGUUCGAUACUGUAGUGCAUAACUGUAAUAAUCGUUGUCAGCUGCCGCUAGCUCGUGUGAGUGACCCUUAAUCAAUUUCGGGAAUUUAGUUGUUUUCCGUAGCGUGAAAGAUGGGUCUGGGAAGGAACCAAGCCAAUGGAGAGGUACAGGGUGCCGUGCACAAGCCCAGGAGGUUUGUGGGUGAUGUCACCUGGGAUGAGGUGAAGAAGCACGAUGGCAAGACCGUGAAGGAGAAGUGGCUGGUAGUUGAUAACCAGGUCUAUGACAUCACACAGUGGAGCAAGAGGCAUCCGGGAGGGUUUAAAGUCAUCACACACUAUGCUGGACAGGACGGAUCCGAAGCAUUUACAGCUUUUCACAAUGAUGAACAAUAUGUGAGGAAGUUCAUGAAGUCUAUCCAUAUUGGACAGAUUGCCAAAGAUCAAAUUGAGCAAAAAGAAGUUGUAAAAGACUUUGCUGAGCUACGAGAAACUGCUGAGAAAAUGGGUCUUUUCAAUGCCAAUUUCCUCUUCUUCUUCCUUCAUAUGAGUCAUAUCAUCGGCUUGGAGAUCUUGUCUUACAUUGUCAUGAGGACAUUUGGAGUAACGUGGUUGACGUUUAUCACAUGUGUAAUUAUGCACGGUACACUUCAGGCACAGGUAGGAUGGUUUCAACAUGAUCUUGGUCACCUGUCAUGCUUCAAGUCAUCAAAGUGGAACCAUGCCUUGCACUUUAUCUUCAUGUCUACAGUCAAGGGUGCAUCAGCUAAAUGGUGGAAUCACAUGCACUAUCAGCAUCAUGCAAAGCCUAAUGUGAUGAACAAAGAUCCAGAUGUUCGUCUUGAAAAGCUCUUUGUUGUUGGAGAGAAGAUGCCUGUGAUGGUCGCUGAGAGUGGCCAGUCGUCGAUGCCAUACAAUCAUCAACACAAGUAUUUCUUCCUGAUUGGACCUCCUUUGCUGUUUCCUGUAUACUUCCAAUUCAUGAUUUAUCGUCACAUGAUAAAGCAGAGAGAAUGGACAGACCUGUUCUGCAACGUCUUAUACUAUGCCAGGUUUCUAUACCUCUAUAUACCUCUCAUGACAUGGUGGCAACUUCUUCUCUUCUAUGAAUCCUUCAGAGUAAUGGAAAGUAUUUGGUUUACCUGGGUAUCUCAAUCUAACCACAUACCCAUGGAGAUCGAUGAAGAUGCAGCACUCCCAUGGCUAGAGCUACAGCUCCGUGCCACCUGUAACCUUGAACAAAGUUUCUUCAAUGACUGGUUCACUGGACAUCUUAAUUUCCAGAUUGAGCAUCAUUUGUUUCCAACGAUGCCAAGACACAACUAUCAUAAAAUUGCACCGCUGGUGAAGACUCUGUGCAAAAAGCAUGGUAUUGAGUACAAGUCCAAGACAUUGCUACAGGGCUUUGCUGAUAUAGUCCGGUCUCUCAAAUCUUCUGGUGAGAUUUGGUAUGAUGCCUACUACCAUCUUCAAGAUCAAUAUCCUGAUGAUUAACCCUCCACCUCUCAUCCCCAGCUUACCCUGGAUGGCUCACUCUACUACAUCUGUGUAGGAUGGCAUCGAAUGUGUUGACUUGCAUGAUAAAGAUACCUAAACCUUGUAGGUAGUUGCUGUAAUUGAGUAAAAAUGUGUAUUUUUUUUAAAUGUUGUACUAAUCACUACGUAUUGCUUUUAUUUAUGUAUAAAUCCCUCUGCACACUAUGAGGCCUCUUUCCAAAUUAUCAAGUGAUUUAGGAAGAUAUUUGUUUCUUCAUCAAAUGUUCGAUAAGGAUAGAGGUGUGUUUCCUCUUUUAUAUUGUGGUGUUAUUAUGAAUCCCUAUAUCUGAUUAUUGCAAACUUAAUUGCAAGUCAAUGAAUAUGAGCUUGGUCUCAGAAAUAUAUUUUUAUUAAAUAUAGUGUCAGAGAUAUUCUGAUGUGAAUCAAGCCAUGAUAGUGUCUAAUAGAGAGUAGUGCUUUUCCUGCUUUUGCAAGGAAAACCAAAUCCAAGUUCUUAGGAAGAGCACAGUGAUUUUAUAUCAUAAUUUGAUAUGUGAUAUGCACAAACUGCAUUAUUAUUACUCCAUGUAUUAUAAUUAUGAUUUAAAGCUGAUUAUUUUCUGUUUAUAUAUCCAAAAAGCAUCCUUGAGUUGGAUUUUCUUCUGACUUAUGGCCUCAAUCGAAUGGAAUAUUAGUCUUAUAGUAAAUCAUGUGAUGAAAUGAUGGGAUUAAAAAAAAAGGGAUUUGGCCUUGGACCUGUAACACAAAACUUAGCAACCGAUCAUAGAAUGAAAUUGUACAAUGUAUUUGCAUUGACCACUGUAAUAUCAAUCAUGGAUAUCAAUCGUAGAAUCAAUUGCUUGAUUUUGUGUUAAGGGAUCCAGGUGAUGUACAUGCCGUGUGUAGUAGACAAAAACAUCUCUUGUGCUAUGUAAUCAAGAUUAUGUUGUUUUAUAUUAAAGUUCAGUCCAUUCUUGCUUUAAUAUCUGGCUACUAUGUAUCCAGGCUCCUCUGUUUAUUUGGCCCCAUCGCCCAGUUCCAUUGUCACUCUGCGUCUAAUUCACUACAUUUUCACCUGCUUAUCUAAAUUCUAUCGUGAAAUAUUGGACUGAUGAUCCCCUUGAAAACCCUGGCAGGGUCAUUUGUAGAAAUGAUGUUCCAUGCUUCUACUCUCACACACCCUGUUACAUCAAAGAUGCAAUCAAAUUUACAAUUAAUCAUAACUGUAAGUCUAUGACAACGUAUUUAGAAACUUGCAACCGAUCGUAAGUGUCAUGUGUAUUUGUUCUGGUCCCAUCAAAACCUGGGGCUUGUAACACAAAGCUUAGCAAUCAUUAUAGAAGAAACUCUCUACGAUUCAUUGCACUGUCCACACUGUACAAGCAAUAGUGAAAAUCAAACACACGAUCAAUCGUAAACUGUUGUGUUAUCGGACCCAGAUGAGCGAGAUUGGAUUUUAUUUUCAUUUUCUAAUUUUCUAUUGUCUAUUCAAGAUCUAUUGAAUGUAAAAUUUCACAAGAAGUAAACUGCAUGUGUAAUUGGUGAUUGUUGUGUAAAUUGUAUGGUGAUUUUUGUUUUAAAAAAAAAGGUAUGGAUUGUGUACAUGCCUAUGGAAUUAAUUUUGUAUAUUUGAUCAUGUUUGUAAAUCAAGCAACUUGAUUUGUGUGUUGUAUGCAUUCUUUUUUUCUUCGAAUAGUGAAGUGAUGUCAAACCCAAAUACUAUUUGGAUUUAUUCUUCAAAUGAAGUGCCAUAAUUCACUAAGGCUUUGAGUGCUGUGAAAAUUUUGGCUUGUAAGUUUGUUUACUAAUAGUUUGUCAAAAUUGAGAAAGAUAUGCAAUCCUUUCUUAUAUAUUAAAAUCAACUGACGUACUGGUGGUACUUUCUUGAACUAUGUUUACUGUAUAUAAUAGUAUUUUACAAAUAAAUCACUUGACUGUUGCUGUAUUUGCUAUCUUCCAACUCCAGCUAGCUAGAAUGCAUGUUACGGAAUGUCAAUCAUAUAGUCAUGUUGAAUCCUUCGACAUAAGUGAAAUAGAAACAUAAAAAAGAUACCCGGAGUUGCAUUUGAUCUUACAAACUUCCAAGUCUGUACAUAUUCAAAUUGGGUGAAAUGCAAUCUGUUAUUUUUAUUUCCGUUUGUAAUAGUGACUUUAGUGAAAAAAAAUCUCUCAUAUGUAUUGUUAUUUCUCGUGCAGAGCAAUACAGCUAAAAUCAAAGAAAAAAAAGAUGUGCCACAAAGAUAUUUCAUCUUGCCCAAGGCAGUGCCAUAGCUCAGUUUUGUACCGAUGGUCUCACAAUUUGGUCACCUAGUGCCCUUUGGGAUCAAAGGCAUUUACCAUCCAAACCAGGUCCCUCGGAGAGGACCUGUCCUUUAGUUGCUUACUAACAAGCUUUCAUGUUUUCCUAGAAGUUGGUGAAAAGAUAUUAACCAAUUUAUCCAUCAUAAAUAUAAUCUGAAGAAGUGACUUGUCUAGACCCCUUGGCCAGAGAUAAUUCCAACCAACGUCACAAAAUCUGGCAAAAAUGCCAUGAAUCCUGACUUCUGACAUCACUAGGGGAUAAUAGUACCUGAUUAGUCGUAAACAGUACAAAGACUAUUUUUGACUGCUUGGGUGAAGCUUCAACCGCAUGCUUUAGAUUUUUUUUUAUAUCGCGACAUGAUUAUCAACUAAGACCUUUAUCAGAUUGUUGUGAUAAUUGUGGUAAUUUAAUAUUGCACGAAGACUGGGAUUUCUUAUCCUCCAUUUGAUCAGUAUGAUAGUAUUUCCUAUCUGCUGCAUCUCAUAUUGACAACGGGUAUCAACCAAAUAUACGGCCGUUCGAGGUUUGGUGAAACUAUCGCUCCUGUAGUAAUGCAAAUGCGACAAAUCGGGGGCUGCGCUCCUCAGAAAAAUAUCCACAUUGAGGUCAGGUCACUUCAGGGACCAACCACCUCCUCUAGGGUCUGUACAUAUUUGUUCACCACUAAUCUAUUCCAGUACACACAGCACUCCAAUAUCACAUGCUUCAAAUGCAAUCUUUCACAUGAUUACUAUACAUAUACUGCCUGCAAUAUGCAACCUGUAGAUCCUAUGGUGUUUGAGAUUUAUGCUUUGGCAAUUUUUCAUUUCCGAUUACCUGCAGAUGAUUGCAAUAGCCUUGUUAUGUUUAGGUCAUGUUGAAUUCAGAUGAUAAAAAGUUGUAAGAACUGUGAUUGAUUACCAUAUGCAGGUUUUUGGAAUUAAAUGAUGUGUAGAUAUUCCAGUUUUAGUUUUUACACUUCGAGAAAAAGUUGCAAU